AUGUUAUCUUUUUUUAAAAGACGUCAGCCUGUAUUUCGGUACCUUAUCCUGCUAUUUAUUUCACGAUUUAUUUGCUUGUUUGUUUGUUUUUUAGCCAAAGGCAUCGGUUGCUUCAGAGAUACUGGCCGUCGAGCAGUUGCUACGAUGGAAGGAAAAAGCCAUCUUCUGACAGGACAUUAUAGAAGACGCCGAGACGCCAUAAGGAAAUGUGCUCUGGCGGCAGAAAGGCGGGGCUACCGAGUAUUUGCCGUUCAACAUGGUGGGUGGUGUGCGGCAUCACGCACAGCCUACAGGACAUAUAGUAAAUAUGGAAGAUCCAACAGGUGCAGAAAUGGCAAAGGAGGACCUUGGGCAAACGAUGUUUAUUUUCUGAAAGGUCUGUCAUAUAGAAUCUAAUAAUUAUUGUAUAUUUUUGGAAAAAUUAACUUGGAAAAUAAAUCUCCUUUCACCUGCGAUGUCCAAGUUAUUUCCUGUUUUCUCUUCACUGUUUAAUCAACUCACUCUCGGAUUUUAAUCAAACCUCUUCAAAACGUCUAUCUCUAGUCCAUAUUUUUUACCGACAUCUGUAGUAAUUUUCCAGAUGUUCUAUAGUUAUAUGCUUAUAAUUUCGAGAAUUGUUUGAGAGAAAAACUUGCGUGAUAUAACUGGUAAGGUUAUGCUUCACUUAUAACGAAACUUUCCUUUAUUUGGAAGCUCUAACGUCUACUAAGUGUAUUUGUUGAGGUCUUAUAAUUUCUCUAUAUUUCAGUUUCCUGUUCCGCCCGAACGACUCGCAACGACUGCUGUUCGUUCCCGUUCAUUUACAAAGGUCGCCGCUAUAACAGUUGCACGCGAAUAAAGAGCAAACGACUUUGGUGCUCUUUGACAUCUAGCUAUGACAGAGACAAGAAAUGGGGUUACUGUGGUGGUAAGCGUGAAUUAAGAUUAUCGAAGCUUAAGUUUUUAUCACACAGUGUAUGUACUUCUGAUCUGUGUCCCAACGUAAACUGUUCCUUUGAUAAUUUACGUUCAUUGAUUCUUGGCGCUUAAUAGUACAUAUCAAUGUGAGCAGAGCAGAAAAACUACCUUUUUCAACUCUUAAAAUGAUAAUAAUAAUAAUAAUAAUAAUAAUAAUAAUGCUGAUAACAUCACUGACCUUGUGUCAAGUAGAAUGCCCAUGUGCAAGACCAACUUAAAUGCCGGCAAUCAAUACCUGGGAUUUGUCUCUAUCAAGAGAGGCAUCUUUCAACGGGACCCCGCGCCACUGACUUCUUUUUGUUUACUACCUUGAUACCGAUGUCGAUGGUGUUGCAAGAGACAGGCAUUGCGUAUUGUUUGGAAAAGACGAAACUGAUUGUUGACCUUUCUGUGUAUUUGUUUUACAGCGUCUGUAAUUAAGAUUCCAGGAUUGUUCACCAGUAAGUAUCUUCUCUUGAACAAAGAGGGAAUGAUCCAUAUAGUAAAGAUUAUCUUUACUAUGGAUUAUCAAGUUGUACCUACCAUUUGAGUUGUUCGGAUGUUUUUAAUUUCUCUUGUUUCAAAAAAAGACCCAGUUGACACUAGUUUUUCUUUUAGUCCAGAAAAUCGGCUGCUUUAGAGAUACAUCUCGUAGAGCCAUACCACAGCGAGACGGACGAAGCCGGCUUCUUCGUGGAAAUUACCAAAGACGUAAAUUUUCCAUCCAGAAGUGUGCCCUGGAUGCCGCUAAGUACGCUUUUAAAGUGUUUGGAGUCCAAAAUGGCGGCUGGUGUGCAUCAGGAGCACACGCAUAUAGAACUUAUGCCAAAUAUGGAGCAUCCAACAGGUGUAGGAAUGGUAAAGGUGGACCAUGGGCAAAUGACGUCUACAGGAUCAUAGGUCAGCUAUCAGUAAAACAGAUGAUUUGUUCUGUAUUUCCAUCACAACUUAAUUACGCAUUUUAUGUAUAUUCAAUCAGCUCGAAAGUGAUCUGAAAGGUAAAAUAAAACACCUUUAGCCGGAGAGGUCCGAUCGAUCGCCACUUUACAUUCUUGGGAUAAAGGAGCAUUGCUGGGCAAACACGUGGGCAAAAUUAGUUUUGAACAGUUCUCUUAAUGACAAAACUAUAGCUUGCAUCACCACAAGGUUACUGAGGAGAACUCUAAACCUCACUUCAUUACGCAUGACCCUGUUUAUCCAAGAACUGAAACAGCAAUUCAAUUUAUACGAGUAGUUACAACUACUGCCUAUUUUUUUAGGUCAAUGCAGAAGGCGAACGACGCAAGGAUACUGCUGUGUGCCAUUUAGGUAUCGCGGGCGUCGGUACAAAGGCUGCGCAAGAAAUAGACGUGGGAAAUACUGGUGCGCCAUCAGUCCCGACUACAGAACAAGGAAACUCUGGGGGUGGUGUAGGGGAGGAAAACGUAAGUGUUUUCAACGCUGAUAAUGAAACGUUUUUCCGUUUUUUGAUACUUUCGACCAACUCUGAUAGUUUUACGUUUUUAUUGUAUGCAGCGAAAUAUUUAGUCAUUGUUGUCUUUAGUGUUGUUUCGUUUGUGUUUUGUCGAUGAAACUAAUUACUUAUUCUUUACAGCGCCACCAAUCAAAGUUACGCAGGGAUUCGUGAGUAAGUUAAUAGUGCUUUAUCAAUCCAUAGCCUAAAAUGUAAGACGUUGGGUAUAUAUAUUACAUGGCCGCGCGGGAUACGAAUUUUAUCUUCGAGCUACUUACUUUCAGCACGAGAAGAUAAAAUUCGUAUCCCCAAGCGGCAAUGUAAUGUUCUGUUUAUUUGAUAGAUACUGAUGAAAUCCCUACUUAAAACACAACUUUUUUUAAAAAUUCAUUUUCGAAACAGUAAAAUAGUGCAAUUAAAGUGGUCACCUAUCGCAAAAUGCCUAUCCCAAAAAUGUUAUGAAACUCGGAUAAAAAGUUAGAAAGGAGAAAUAAAGACAAUAAUACUUAUACUUUCUGUUCCAAAAAGUUAGUAACCACGGCGACACCAAUAUCCUCACACGUGAAAGAUAAAAAUAGUAUCUUCACUGCGCGCGAUGAAGAUAUGAUUUUUUAGUGAAAGGGAAAAAUCUUGGUAUUUCAUCAGUAUCUAUAUAAUAAAUAGUUAUGAUACACUUUUAUCUUGGCUACUUGUUGUUCAGCCGCUUCUAGGGAAUUCAGUCUUCACUCCACCGGAACCUAGAGAGCAGUGGAAAUCGAGCCUGAUCUUGUGCGGCCAAGAAGCAGUAAUUUGUCACAGUGUACUUGUGUUUCAAAAAAAUUAAUCAGUUUUCUGACUUCUACGCAAUUAUGUUUAUCUCUUUAAUUCACCAAUUUCACAUAGAUCAUAAUGCACCUGUUUUACUCCCCAAAAUUUAGUAUUGUCUUGGAGUUCUCUUGGGACGACCGUAAUAAUCAAACUGAAAACAAUGGCUAUGUAGAAUUUUAGGGGGUAAACAAGGUGCAUUAUGGUCUAUGUGAAAGUAGCGAAUUGGCAAAUUUUCUUUUAAAAAAAUGGCCCUAACGGAAAACAAGCCACCACAAACAAAAGGAUUCUAUUUUUACUUCAGUCAAGCAUGUUGGCUGUUUCCGAGACACCAGUCGUCGAGCAAUUCCACAAAUGGAUGGCCGCGACAUCUUGGUUCGAGACUUCUAUAGAAGGAGAAGUGACGCAAUUAAAAAGUGUUCUUCAACAGCCAUGCGGAGAGGCUACAAAGCCUUUGCUGUACAGCAUCAGGGUUGGUGUGCUACUGGUCCCAGAGCACACAUGACCUACCGGAAGUACGGACGGUCCAAUCGAUGCAGGAAUGGCAAAGGAGCGCCGUGGGCUAAUGACGUGUAUUUCGUAUUUGGUGAGCCCUGUACUAAGCUUAACCUCCUUGGUAUUUGUAACUCUGCUUGAUCUUUUUUUUGAUAGUUGCUAAUGUUUACUACUAAUAUGGAAAACAAAUUUUCGGUUCACUGUGUAAGCAGACGCCUUUUUUUGGUUUUAAACUUUUCGGGUGGCGAAAAGUGUAACCUGAAAUGUCGCUGUCUUUGCAGGCUACGGUAGUGUAUACUGCAGCAGUAAUGAUUCUUCAGCAAAUGCAUGUCGCUAUUAAUUUAGAAAUGCUAUACAAAGUGUGUAUUAUCACAGCAUUUAGGUCUUGGUAUAUCGCGCCAGCUUUAAGCAGUUUUCUAGCAGUUUUAAGGGUGCGUACGAGCUUACAAGCCCUUCUUAUGGAAUUGAUGAAGUGCAUUCGUGUUCGGAAAUAGUGUUCAUAUUCCCUGUUGUUGUAUAUCGCUUCUCUUUCGCCGGAAAUUGUUCGUCCAGAAUUAUAAAUUUGCGCCAUGAAAAUCCCCACUUUCCAUAAUGAUCACUGUAGACGGAAUAAUUUACUUUUUGAAACUCUGUUGUUCUUAUAGGUUCCUGUAGGAUACGAACAACAUCUCGCUAUUGCUGUAUGUUCCCAUUUAUCUACAAAGGACGUCGAUAUCACAAAUGUACAAUGAAAAAUCACAAGAGACCAUGGUGUGCCUUAACAAACAACUACGAUCGAGAUAGGAAAUGGGGCAACUGCGCAAGUAAGGAAAACAAAUGGCACACUGACAACUUUUAUUGUUACUUGAUCAAGAUGAAUACUUUUACACAAAUUGUUCUAAAUUCUAAAGGGUUUUUAAUUUUGCAAACAUUGCGUAGAGUUUUCAAGCUACGCUGAAAAAGGUUCUAAUAUGGCCAGUGGUGAUCUACUGAAAUAAAGUUUCAAAUCUGUUCCCUUGAUGUUAAUAAAUGCGUAUGUGGUCCUUUAAUUCCUUAUUGAUAAUAAACUAAAUAUUAUUAUUAAUUUUUUUUCUUUUUUGUAGGAGGCCGACCGGUUCGACCUGUUAGGCCCGUUAUUCCUAAGGGUAAGUAUGUGAAUAAAUCGUCCUGCACAUGUCAGUGGUAAAGCUAUUGUUUUCGGGGUUUCUGACAGCUCAUUAAUCAACGAAUUAGGUAAAUAACAAUCGCUUCCUUGUGAAUGAACGCAGCAAAUAUAUGAGAACGGUGAGAUAAAUAUUUUAGGCCUCAUCUGAAAACUCCACAAAUUGAAUGCGCAAAUUCAACUUUAAUUUCUGCUCACGGACCUCGUUAAUCAAAACAUUAAUGACGUCCAUUACCUUUUGUUUUUGACGUUCCACUUUCUCUUUUUGCACAUACAGGAAGGGUGUUCCGCAUAACUUAUAGCAUUUCGGGUAAGAAAUAACUUAUUAUUAUUAUUAUUAUUAUUUGGAAAUACUGGAAGGAAUCUAGAAAUUGUGUAUGUCUUUCAACUAGAUUUAAAAUAAUCAUUCAGUUCUUGGUAAACAUUGAAUCAGUUCCUAAUGAUGUUCUUACUUCUCAGCAAAAAGCUAGGAAAAAAACUAAUGUAAGCGGGAGUUCCUGCGCUUUGUUUUGUAAAGGUAUUGUAUAAGCUGUUCAUAGAUUGAGCCCACUGAUAGACAACAUCAAAGUACGAGAUAUUAAGCAAUAUGUGUGGAUUAUUUGUUUUGAGAUGUGCAGAAAGUCAAUAGUUAAGUGCAUGAAUUUGCUAUAUCGUUAAGCAACUGAAGGCUUUGCAUUAGAUCAAACCUGCGAUAGUCUUAGAUGCGUUCUUGACUAACACUUAUUGGCUUUAUUCGAACACAUUUUCAGCUAAAGGUGUGGGUUGCUUCAGAGACACUGGCCGUCGAGCAAUUGCCACUUUGGAAGGAAAAAGCCGCUUCCUCAAAGGAAACUACAGGAGAAGAUCAGAUGCUAUUAAUAAAUGCGCAAUGGCUGCAUGGAGACGAGGCUACCGAGUAUUUGCCAUUCAACAUGGUGGUUGGUGUGCGGCAUCACGCACAGCCUACAGGACAUAUGGUAAAUAUGGAAGAUCCAACAAAUGCAGAAAUGGCAAAGGAGGACCUUGGGCAAACGAUGUGUACUUCCUAAAAGGUGAAUUACAUUUCUUUAGGACUUGUUAAGAUACAAAAGAACAAAUUGUCUCUUAUGCAUUACAUCAAUUACGAUGAAGGAGCUGCUUAAAUGCGCUGUACAUAUAAUGAACGAAAAUGACAUAGUUUGGUCUGAUGCCUCAGCAUAGGUGAUGGCUUGGUGUAACAUAAAAAUUACAAUCGGUACUUUAUAUGCUAGGCUCCUGUCGUAAAAGAUCCACUAGUGGCAACUGUUGCGUCUUCCCCUUUGUUUAUAAACGGAGACGAUAUUACCGCUGUGUUAAGGGAAAUGGUGGACGACGGUGGUGCGCAAAUACUCCAAACUAUGAUAGAGACAGGAUUUGGGGUUACUGUGCUGGAGGAAGAGGUACUAUUUCAAUUCAUUAUUACUUAUUUACAUGCUCUAAGUUUUAUUUGUGUUUUACUUGCGUGCGAUCAGAGUGGAGCCUAUCAUCAUGAUUUUUCAACUUGUAUCUUUUUUGCACUUCCCUUUUUCAUCUCUUUUGGAAACCAUUUUUACAAAGGUUUGCGGUGAAACUCGUUUACCGUGGCCAUAACGGAUGGUAGAACGCACCACAACCUCAAGCCUUUUAAGUAUAGGUAUAUGGACCAUUUUUUGCAUUUUAUGUGUCUUUCUCAAAUGAGGUAAAUUCUCUUUGUUAUUUAUCCAAAAACAAAGUUAGUAGUCAUCUAGGUUACUGGCUUUUAUAUACUUUCACAGGUCUUCAGUGAUACAGUAGCCAGUAAUAUUAACCUUACAUGUAAAGCAAUUCUAAGGUUAUCUGUUUUAGGUAAAUUCCUUUGUAAAAUGCUGAAAACACACUGCAAAAUUGAACUGCCGUCAUUGUCCUUUACGUCUGGUUAAUGGUGUACUUUCUUUAUUUUCAGCUCGGCCCAUUAUAGUAACUCUUUCAUUAAGGGGUAAGAUUUUUUAAUUCUCUUUGCUUUUAAGUGUAAAAGACUGACGUAUAUGACAUUCUGUCCUACCUCUGUUUAUACGUGGUUAUCAUGUUUAAAGCGGCAACAGGCAAACGUUACUUUCCUGAGUCUUUUAUACUGUAUUUCUUAGUUCAAAGACUUGGCUGUUUCAAAGAUACUGGGCGAAGAGCUGUUCCUCAACUGGAUGGGAAAAGUCGCCUCCUAACCGGAAACUACCAGCGACGUAAAUAUGCCAUUAGAAAAUGCGCUUUGGCUGCUGCUAGGCGAGGUUACAAAGUGUUCGGUGUCCAACAUGGCGGUUGGUGUGCAUCAGGACCACGGGCUCAAAAAAGUUACGCAAAGUACGGACGAUCGAACAGAUGUAGGAAUGGCAAAGGGGGGCCGUGGGCCAAUGACGUCUAUGUAGUUUCUGGUAAGCUCUUGAGAUACUCCAAACAAUACCAAAAACUACCACUUCUACGAAUACUCAAUUGAGAGAUUUAAAAAAAAAAACCUCGGCAAAUAGACGUAUAAUGUCUCUAAUGGGCAUUUUUGAGGUCGAGGGGGGGGGGGGGGGGGUGGGGCCUUUUUUAAAACCGGAGAAAAAAAACUUUGUAAAGAGAAGGGCAAACUUUAAAAAUAACAAAAAAAUAAAAAAAAAAAACAAAAAAAAUAGAAAAAAAAAAAAAAAAAAAAAAAAAAAAAAAAAUUAAAAAGAAACUUAAUUUAUUAUGUGUUGGGAUAGCGUUGAAAAACUCAACAAAAAAACAAAAAAUACCCAUUUCAACAAAAACAAAUGUAAGAAAUUAAAAAAAAAAAACCCCGGAAAAAAGAGUGAGAAGUUUCUUAGGGGUUUUUUUUGGGGGGGGGGGGGGGGGGGGGGUUGGGUCCUUAUUUAAAACCGGAGAAGAAACCUUUGGUAAUCGGAGAGGCAACCUUUGCAAAUUCACCAAACUUCAUGAAACAAUUUGUAAAUAUAUGAAUAACUAAAUAAAACAAAGUAAAGUGAAGGACUUUAAAAUCAUUUUAAUCAGUCAUUUUGUAAGAAACCAAAUGCCUUUCAGCAAACUUUUGAUUUUGUGCAGUAAUGUAAUGUAUCUCACAGAUAAGUUCAUGUUUUUCAAAUUUAAGGCUAUAGUGGUGAUCAUUGUAUUUGUUCAGGUUAGGUACUUGCCUUAUCUGAAUCAAAAUAUGUUUUCUUCUUUUCUCUAGGUAUGCUUUGUUAAGUAUACAUGGCUGAUAAGUAUGUUAUUGUUUCUGAAUCAAUUGUCAGGUAAAUGCAGAUAUCGCACAACUCAAGGAUACUGCUGUGUGCCGUUUAGGUAUCGCGGUCGUCGAUACAGGGGCUGUGCAAGAACUCGACGUGGAAGAACCUGGUGCGCAACCACCCCUGAUUACCCAAGAAAUAGACUCUGGGGGUGGUGCAGGGGGGGAUCAAGAGGUAAGCAUUGAUUGUCCCUCAAUUGUCUUGUUAAGUGGUUAAGGUAUAUACCGUGAAUUAUAUAAUAGUAACUUUAUCUCAUUUUACUUAUCAAAAAAUCAUUGCUUCGUAAAAAUCAGAACUUUACAUCCUUCUAUUAGAUGGACUAGUCGAUUCUUGUAAGUUAAAUGUUAUUGUACUUUCUUGGCCUUGUAGAAUUAUUGCACUCUCUCAAAUUCAUGUAGGAUUUUUAAAAUGGAAUCAAGGUAACCGGGAAGAAGUUAAAGAGAAAGUACUAUCAAAUUCUAACGGCUUUGUCUUUCUACUUUUAUCAUGAACUUACAAAAAAAUUGCUACUUUUCCUUGCUUUUAGCUACACCAAUUAAAAUUUCUGGAGUUACAAGUAAGUACAAUUUGUUUGCAUUGUGUUAAAGUUUUGAUACAAUCUCUGUAUCCUGAGGACGGCAUCACCAUUACUCUUUUUCUAUCUAACAGAUUUCAAAGUAGACAGAUACAUGAAUGGGAUAUGAUACCUAGCACUUGCAUGUUUUUGUUGUUGUGUUUGCUGUCUUAUGAGACUUCAUUAAUUGAUCUGUUGAUGAGGGGAAUAAAAGUGGCCUUGGCCUGCUGCCAUGAAGUGUAUCAAAGUGUACUUCGUCAUCAAUACCUUUUGAUUCAAGGUAGAACUCUGCCUGAGUAUGAGCAAAUUUGCAAAUUCAAAAUUCUCUUUGUUAAUGUUUUAUGAAGUAUGGUCGUCUUUAAUUCCUUAAAAUUGUUUUCUAGCUGAUUGCACCACCAGAAACCAAGCCCAGAUUAUUUGACUUUGUGACCUUUCAUUUCUUUUCAGUUCGCUCCACUGGAUGUUUCCGAGACACGCAUCGCCGAGCAGUUCCACAGAUGGAUGGGCGAAACCCAUUGGUGAAGGAUUACUAUCGAAGAAGAAAAGACGCCAUUUUGAAAUGUGCUCUGGUUGCAAUGAGAUUUGGUUACCGAGUUUUCGCUGUACAGCAUCAGGGAUGGUGUGCUACUGGUCCGAGAGCUCACGUAACCUACCGGAAGUAUGGACGGUCUAAUCGGUGUAGAAAUGGCAAAGGGGGACCAUGGGCUAAUGACGUCUACAUUGUGAAUGGUAUGUGAUCGAAACUGAUAUCCUUAGCGUUCCCCGUGCAUGCCCUUAAAUAAUAUUUAUUGGUAUUCCAUUAUUUGUAUUAGAUACUGAAUCUAUAUGGAAACUUUUUGACGUAGAAAGUGAAUCCGCAAAGGAUGAAAACACGGCCUCUUACCAAGCCAUUCUUGACAGAUACAAAAGUCACGUCACAAAGAAGGUUAAAAAGACUGUUGAAAACAUUUUAGUAAAGUGUAUUUAAAACUACAUAAAGGGUGCCCCCUCCUGAUUUCUCAAAUUAAAAAAACUUCUAUGUUGCAGGUUUCUGCCGCAGAAGAACAACGACCCGUUAUUGCUGUUCUUUCCCGUUCAUCUACAAAGGGAGACGUUAUAACAGUUGUACCAGAAGAAGACACAAUCGACCAUGGUGUGCUCUGACACCCAACUACGACAGAGAUAGGAAAUGGGGCAACUGCGCUAGUACGUAAAAUGUAUUUGAAUGAUAACGAACAGAAAAAUAUUCAAAGCAAACGUUUCUUUUACUAUAAACAGUAAUCCAUAUUAAAUAUGUGAGAGUACACCUAUUUCAAUAAAGGUUGCUUUGCGAAUUUUGCUUUGGUCUUUGAAAGCCAUUAUUUGGUGGUCACUCAAGCAAAGCAUUGCAUUGUAUUCUGCGUUUCAAUGACCAAAUCUCAAAGCAACCCUUAUUGAAAUAGGUGUAUAUAUCAGUAAUAAAAGGUUAAGAGUUACAGAAGGAGAAUUAGUAGCCACAUAGAAGUUUCUUUAAAAAAUACAAAGCAUUUUACUUUAUUUUUGUCUCCUGUAGCUCGCAGACCUGUUAGACCACCCCGUCCUGUGGUACGCCCAUCACGAGGUUAGCACCGCAACUCUACGUACAAGUGACUUUUUAAUCAAUUAAUUUGUGUUUUUGUGAGUAGAACAUGUUGGUCAUAAAUCCUACUUGUCAUCAAGGGUAGUUGUUAUUGGGCUAUAAGUUCCAGUUUCUGUCGUUCUUUCUUAAGUUUCUAUCCUUACUUGAAGGUUAAGGUGCAGAUGCAGGUGAUUGAUCUCCCUCUAACUUUUUCUCUUUCCCGAUAAAAUUUGUUAUUAUCAUGAUCACCUACAGUGGUAACAAAUCAUAGUAUAUCACUUGCUCGCCUUGUCUCUUAGGGUAUCCUAUUUUAGUUGAUCAAUUUGGUUUUUCUUGCUUUUAUAGGAAGAGUGAUAAGAAUCAGUAUUGGAUUGAAAGGUACAAAUAGUUUAGAACUAGUUUCAGCUCUGCUUAGUCAUGGUCGUUACUUGAAAGUGUGGGAGGUUAGCAUGGUCAUUUUAGAUUGUCAAAUUAAUAUAAUCGACCUUACUGACCACGUGAUCUUCAGAGGUGCAAUUUUGAGAUAUCCUCCUUUGAGAAAAGAAAAUGUUGAGACACCUAUCCCGAUAUUCUUUUUCUGGUUCAGUUUUGAGAUGACUAGUUUCUCCCGUUUAAUUAUAAGAUGUGUUUUUCCUCGCUAGCAUACGGUAUUGGUUGCUACAAAGACACUGGCCGCAGGGCUAUAGCCCCAUUGGAAGGCAGAAGUUUCCUCUUGACAGGCAGCUACCGCAGAAGGAGAUACUCCGUUCAGAAAUGUGCCCUUGCUGCAUACAAACGAGGCUACAAAGUGUUUGCAGUGCAGCACGGGGGAUGGUGCGCAGCAUCACGAUAUGGUUAUCGAACUUAUGGAAGAUAUGGGAGAUGUAACAGGUGUAAGAAUGGAAAAGGAGGGCCUUGGGCAAACGACGUUUAUGUUCUGAGAGGUUAGGUUUCGUAAAAUAUAUAUGUUGUUAAAAAGUUUCUAUGUUACGAGUGUUUGUUUGGGCUAUUGGCGUUGCUGAGAAUAGGAAACAAAACAACCUUAUGAAAGUCUACGUUCUCCUCUUCCAUUUUCUGAGAACAAAUUAAGUAACACCUUCAGAUUGUACUCGUGAUGUCUGCGUGAAGUCAUCAUCUUCACGAUUUGUUUAGGUAAGUUGCUCACUACCACCGUUCAUUGUCGCAACAUGGUCACUGUUUAUAAAUAUAAAGGUAACCAAUCCGAACUGCUUGACUUUUGGAGUUCAGACUGGCUCUGUUUUAAUGAUACAUAGCUCAUUACUUUAAUUUACUAGCUUACUGUUAGAAGACUGGUGAAAUUGAGUACAUGGCCAGUCAUUGAAGAUGCUUUUAUAUUUACUCUCAGGAUCGUGUCGUGUACGAUCAAGCACUGGCCAUUGUUGCGCCUUUCCUUUCAUCUACAAGGGUCGGCGUUAUAACCGUUGUGCAAGGAGAAACCACAAUCGACCAUGGUGUGCUCUGACACCCAACUACGAUUUAGACAAGAGAUGGGGAAACUGCCCAGGACGAGGUAACGACUAACAGCACUGAAAAUAGUGACAGAUUAACUGGCUGCUUAAAAUCCAAAGGAUUUAGUCUCUGUUCCAGGUUUAAUUUAGACCGCUCACCAGCUUUCCUUUGUGGAUUCAGUCGUGAGCUGUAGACCAGUAUAUACACACGUCUCUCGGAGAAGUUACAGUUCACCGUGAGAGUGCCAAUACUAGUGUUGUUGUUGUUGUUACAAAUGUCUUUGCUGGUCUGACAAUGCUGUACAACUUAUAACAAUUAUUUCUUUAUUUUUUUAUCAGGCCGUCCAAUUAAAAUCACGACAACAAUAUCACGUAAGUUCCUUAUGAUACCACUUUAUUACGAUCCUUAUGAAUAAAUUCCUUCAUUGAUGCAAACGUAGUGAUCUUCAAACACUUAAACAACUUUCUCAGUUCAAAAGAUUGGCUGCUUCAAGGACACAUACCGAAGAGCUAUUCCUCAACUAGAUGGCAGAAGUCCGCUUUUGAGAGGAAACUACCGGCUUCGAAGAGAUGCUAUCACCAAGUGUGUUGCUGAGGCCUUGAAGCGAGGCUACCGCAUGAUUGGAAUCCAGCAUGGCGGUUGGUGUGCAUCUGGACCUCGGGCCCAAAAAACGUAUGCAAAGUAUGGACGAUCCAACCGAUGCAGAAAUGGCAAAGGAGGGCCGUGGGCUAAUGACGUGUAUCGUAUUUCGGGUUAGUCAACAAAGAACCAAUAGCGACGGCACUAUUAACUUAAGUGUUUUUACGUAGUAAGUAAGAAAAAUGUCUUUUGCGCAAGUUAUUGCGUUGUUUCAGUUAAUGGGAAAAAACCGGAAGUCUAAAGCAUGUUUUUCAGUCUUACCCUUUUAAAAAGGUAGUUACACUUAAACUACUCACCUGAUCAGGAGGUACGCCUGAAGUCAUGCUUACUUUAAAUCACAUGAUGUGUAGCUAGCUAUCUUAGACAGAUAUUCAAUUAUAAUCAUUAAUUUUGAACCAGAUCUUUUGUCAUGCGUUAUUUCCCAGGAAAUUGUAAGCAACGCACUACAACUGGAUACUGCUGCUUUCCGUUCAUUUAUCGCAGGCGUCGCUAUAACGGCUGCGCAAGAACUCGUCGCGGAAGAAGAUGGUGCGCAAUUGCUCCUAACUACAACAAAAACAAACUGUGGGGGUACUGCAGAGGAGGAAAUCGCCGUAAGAUCCUGUCUCUUAUUUGUUUUCACACCCUUCUUGUCUUUGAACAAUCUAUUUCUGAAUGUGCUACUGUUACAGCUUACAAUUCGCAUUGUGGGUCAUGAAAUAUUUAUCUUGUCGUUUCCUUUUAAUCCUAAUUGAAUUAAAAAAGAAAAAUCGCUGGUAACAUUAUAGAACCGGCGGUACUGGCGGUUUCAUAAUGGACGUUUAAACAGAAUAAUAGGGCAUAACUUUGCGAUUUUUAUUCAUAUGAAUCUGUUCUUCAUUUUUAGCGAAACCAACCAGAGUGACACAUGGAGUGUUAAGUGAGUAAUUUAUAUUAUUCGGGGCUACCUUGAGUGCAAUCUCAAAGAUUCUCAGUUUGUUUGUUUGUUUUAGCUUGCGACUAAAAAUCUAACUUGCGUUCUUUAGGAACUAUUUCUUUUUCGAAAUUUAAUCGAUAUUUUUAACUGGGCACUUUUCACUAUGCCCUUGAGGGGAAAAUAACAGAGUUCCCUAGAAGCCCAGAAACACAGCCAAAGAUUUAAUCGCUAAUAAUCUUUUCCAAACCUCAGUUAAGUCACUUGGAUGCUACAGGGACACGCAUCGUCGAGCUAUCCCACAAAUGGACGGACGAAACCCAUUAGUGAAAGGAUACUACAGACGACGAGCUGACGCUAUCUUAAAAUGUGCGCUGGUUGCUCUGAGAUUUGGUUACCUAGUCUUCGCUGUACAGCAUCAGGGAUGGUGUGCUACUGGUCCGAGAGCUCAAGUGACCUACCGAAAGUAUGGACGGUCUAAUCGAUGUAGAAAUGGCAAAGGAGGACCCUGGGCUAACGAUGUUUACAAAAUAACCGGUAAGAUUGUUUGAAAAAAGAUGUUCACUGCUAGCGCAAACCACUUCUUUGCCGAAAACUUAGGUCUGAUUUUGACACAAUGUGACGUCGUUAGACACGGAUGCGUUUUAUGAGAACAAAAGUUGUAAUUACAGUGACCGUUUGGACAAACUUCUGUCUUUGUUGCUGUUUGCAUGUCCUCAAUAUCUGGGUUUGCGUCUUUGAUCCGGGUUUCUAGCUUUUGCUCCAGAUCUUAUCUGCUGGAAAAAUGUGUACAUUAACAAGUGGCCUUCUAAGAAUAGAGCUGAACUAUUCUGCGCUUCUUAUGUAAUAUUGCUUCAAAUAAGCAAUAUAUUGUAUUUCUAACUCUCCAGGAACCUGCCGAAAGAGAACCACUUCUCGUUAUUGCUGUUCGUUCCCGUUCAUCUACAGAGGCAGACUUUAUAACAGUUGUACUAGAAGAAGACACAAUAGACCCUGGUGUGCUCUGACACCUAACUACGAUAGAGAUAAGAAAUGGGGCAACUGCGCCAGUAAGUUAUACUUUUUUCUGCAAUAAACUGAUUACUUUUGAAGCUGUAGACAGAAAGCAUUUUAAAAAGGGUCUUUUUAAACAUUUUAUAGUUAUGGAAAUAAAAUCAAAAAAGAACAAACACAUGCCUGUUAGUCUUGAAAUUGUAAGGCAUGGUCUGCCAUGAGCUAUACGCAUUUAAGUUAUGACCAAUUCUAGUUUGGGGUGUUUUAACAGUAGAAUAAUUUUCUGGUACAAAAGUACGAUGUACAGUUAUGAAGAAAUAUUCGCUUUUCCUUUCUGUUUUCUAGAACGUCGACGUCCUGUGAGACCAGUUCCACCUGCUAUGCCCCACAAAGGAGGUAUAAUUUAUUUUUUGCCGUCCUUAUUUGUACGGUGAUUUUCUUGCCCAAAUGUGCAAUCAUACUAGCUAGUCGAGAUUUCUGAAUACUCUGUUACUCUGAGUUUAUGCCUUAUUUUUAUUUUGCAGCGAGGGUCAUAAGAGUUACCGCAAGCUUAAAGGGUGAGUUUAACGGGGUCAUCCAAACCAUAGUUAUUUGCGUGAAAUGGUUAGUUUCAGGAGCAGGAGGCCUUAAUAUUCUGUCAUGACCUUCUAAAGAAUUUGUGAAUCAAGGAAAAAUCGACACUUUCUUGGACCGAGGAAAAAUAAAGAGUGCUUUGCAAUGUCAAUUACCUUGUAUCGCAUGCAAACAAGUGACUUGAGUUGUACAUUAAUGUUUUCCUUUUUUGUGAGGCGCGAAAAUAAGGAAUUCAUCCCUGUGAAUAAAUGAAUGAAUGAAUGAAUGAAUGAAUGAAUGAAUGAACUUAUUUAAAUGUCCGAGUAUUAGGCUUUCUCGCUAAUUUUCUUUAGUUUAAUUUACAAAAACAAUACAAUGGAAACCUCAAUUUCAGUAUUUUUUAGCGAAGUGAAUUUUAAUCCUUACAAAAAUCCUCUAAAAUUGCGUUGAUCCACGACUGGGCCCUUAGUCCCUCAAGAUGGCCCACGUGCAGGAUAACAUCCUGCACUUCUUUUCGUUUCAGCAUACAACAUCGGCUGCUAUAAAGACACAAGCCGACGGGCCAUACCAUCUUUAGAAGGCAGAAGUCGGCUUUUAAGGGGAAGCUAUCGCCGUAGGAAAUACGCUAUUCGUAAAUGUGCCCUUGCUGCUCAGAAACGUGGUUUCAGGGUGUUUGCAGUACAGCAUCAAGGAUGGUGUGCAUCAUCUAGGAGAGCUCAUUUGACGUAUCGCAGAUAUGGAAAAUCAAACAGAUGUAGAAAUGGAAAAGGAGGACCUUGGGCCAAUGAUGUUUAUGUCCUGAGAGGUAUAACAUCAUACGAGUUAAAAGACACACAUUUGUCCUAUGCUUGCAAGUUUGAAGUCUCAAUGCAAAUUUUCACUGUCUUUAUGAGAUUUCUGAAAUUGCUACAAGUACUAAAAAGAUGAUUCGAGACCCCUUAGAUAGAGCUUUGCUUUAAAAGAUAACUACAUCAUAGGCAUGCUUGCAUUAUCAUUUUUGCUUCUCAGAAGUACAUUCCCGCGCUGUGGCUCUUUGCCAUGAUAUUAAUUUAAAUUUUCAGUAGCUUCAGCAUAAUGGUUUUAGGGUUAGGACUACCUCUGUAGGUGGUUCAACCUUACAAACACUGACCUAAUAUGAGCCAUUUUCUGCAUUUAACGAAACUUUUUCUUUCCAAUAUUCUAAAUAAAAGAAUCAUUCUCAAUUCAUUCUUUAAUUAUGGUGUUUUUUGGCAGGGUCAUGCAGCAAGCGUUCUACAAACGGUAUCUGCUGCGUAUUCCCUUUCAUUUAUAAAGGAAAACGAUACAACCGCUGCACCCGUGUUAAUUCCAGGCGCCCUUGGUGUGCAAAUACUCCGAAUUAUAAUGCAGAUAAACUAUAUGGCUUCUGUGGUGGUCGCAAAGGUAAACAGGGAAAUUAUUGAUAGGCAGAAGUAAGAACAGCGGCUUUCGUUUCAAAGACUUCUGAACACUGAUGACUUUUUAAGGCAACAACUAAUCGUUGAAGUCGCAUUUAUUACUUUCUCUCAAGUUGUUAACGGAACCUGCCAAAACCUAUAAAAGUUUGCAAUUGCUUCUUAUAUAUUAAGGACUCUCUGCUGAGCAGCCUGCCGAUAUUCUGAAAAAACAAAUGGGGAAAAAAUUCAUGCUUACGCAGUAAAAUUACUUCUUCUUGUAGCUUGAUUAUAUCCAUAUUUCUCAAGGUGAAAAUAUGUGACCGCUGAAAUUGAUGGCAUUACUUGUUUCCUUGGCGUAUAAUUUUAAACAGCAAAACACCCUUAAGUAGAAGGCGUUAAAAAAUGCGUUGUGCCAUCCACCGAAUAAUUGAAAAGUGAUUUCUAACGCGGGCUAUUAUUUGCAGUUUUGCGGAAGAUCAGUUACUGACCCUUAUUAUCUGUUCCUGUCCGCAGUGCGACCCAUUAAGAUGACACCUUCUAUAAGAAGUAAGUCUACUCUCCGAAUCAUCAUUUAAACCAACUUAUACUUCUCCCUCUUUUAAAGAGGACUCUUUAAUUGCGUAUAUUUAAAUUUCCUUCUAAAGUCAGAUAUUAAAAAAAUGGCUAAAAAUGAGCAUUUUUGUAACAUUAUUGAAAGUUAAUUUUCAUCUCUUAUAGUCCAGAGAAUCGGAUGUUUUAGAGAUACAUAUCGUAGAGCCAUUUCACAGCUAGAUGGUCAAAGUGUGUUUUUGAGAGGUAACUACCAGAGACGACGUUAUGCUAUUCAGAAAUGUGCUUAUGCUAGCCUUAAACGAGGAUACGCAGUUUUUGGAGUUCAAAAUGGCGGCUGGUGUGCAUCAGGAUCCAGAGCUUACAGGACCUUUGCAAAGUAUGGAAGAUCCAAUAGAUGCAGAAAUGGUAAGGGAGGACCAUGGGCUAAUGACGUCUACAGGAUAUCAGGUAUACAUUCCUUCCAUUUUAUUGACAAAUUUGCCUUGAUAUUUGCAUUCAAGUGCGCUUUACUGCUGCUUUUUCUAGCCUCGUUUUCAGAGAUGUAAUGAAAUACGAGAAACAUUAAUACAAAUUGAUAAACUGUAUAGAACUCAAUUCAAAAUUAGCUUUUUUUCGAUCACCUGGACCGGAUAUUCAAAGCGCUUAAAUAUCUUGGCCACAAAAUUCUUCAAAUAUAUUUCCUGAACCAAAAUACAGUUAGAUAAUGAACAGAUAGUUGGUUCAACAUUGUUUAAAGCGUUUGUGCUUGAACGACAGGGAAAAAAAAUUAGAGAGGUUCUCACAUAAGAAACCAAGCGCCUUUUGCAGUAGUUUUUUUGUCUUUAAGAAGUUUAAGAAUCUUAAAAUGUGAAAAAAUGAUUGGCUCUAACGUACGCAGCGCAUUUUUUCCUUUGUCGACACUUGACCAUGGACUCGACAAUUAACACUGGUUGACGCAAUUUUAUUCAUUGAUUAAAACUGUUCGUUCUCUCUGUUAUAGGCAAGUGUACACGUAAGACGACUCAAGGAUACUGCUGCGUAUUUCCUUUCAUGUACCGCGGUCGCGGAUAUAAUAGAUGUGCCAAAAAUCGCCGCGGACAGGCGUGGUGCUAUAUUACUCCGGACAAAAAACAUUGGGGAUACUGCAGAGGGGGACAAAAACGUAAGGAUGCACCUAUAUUACAAUCACUACAAUUUCUAAUUAUUUACUCGUUCUUUGUUCUCGUGAUUUUACACUGCAUUUGUAGUCAACCUUGCAGUGAGUAAAAAGAAAUUUGGCCCACAGGAAAAAGCGUGGCAAUUGCAGUGAGUGCCGGUUGUUUACUUGAGGGAAGUGGCUAUGCCAGCUAACAUAGCUUUAGUCAAUUACCCUAACGCAUAAAAUCAUUAACACUGAAAGAGAUACAGAGCAAAACAAUAAGAAGGAUAAUAACGGGACAAAAACAAACGUGCAGUUAGCCAUACACCGCAGCCUUCUGGCUAUCAUGGUAACUAAGAUCUUUCCAACAAGAAUUAAUCUCUUAGAAAACUAAUUUUUCUGAACAAUUUCCGCCGCUCCGCACUGAAAACAACUAUUAAUAUAAAAAAUUUCAAAUAAGUUUUCUUUGCUCACUUUUAAAAUUCUGAAAUGUUCCUUUUAAACCUGCUUAUUUAUCACCUAUUUCCCCUUUACAGGUCUACCGAUACGAAUCACGCCAUAUGUUAAAGGUAAGCUUUUUGUUUCGAGUAUCAGUUAAAGAGUAGUUUGUUGAGUCUGCAGGAACCUUACUUACAAAAAGCAGUACUUAUUAUUCUUGAGUAGUCCCCUCUUUCCCCGACAGGAUUGGAUAAUACUGCUCUCCCUACUUAGAUGCUUUUCACAACAAGCAAAACAAUUCUUCGACCAAAAUUGGCUAUGUAAACUAUCAACCGUGUCGUUUGUUUGCUAUAAACGUCCGUAAGCUCACAGUUCAACAGAAAUCCAAUUUUGGUAAGAACCUGCUACACAUCCAGUAACUCAGGAUACUGUACGUCACUGAUUUAGUUUGUUUUCUGGAUCAUAAUUUAAAUGGACACAAUUGUUUCUUUACAUUUAGCCAAUUCACUUGGAUGCUACAGGGACACGGCUCGCCGAGCUAUCCCACAAAUGGAUGGACGCAACUCAUUAGUGAAAGGAUACUACAGACGACGAGCUGACGCCAUCUUAAAAUGUGCGCUAGUUGCUCUGAGAUUUGGUUACCGAGUCUUCGCUUUACAGCAUCAGGGAUGGUGUGCUACUGGUCCAAGAGUCCACGUGACCUACAAGAAGUAUGGACGGUCUAAUCGAUGUAGAAAUGGCAAAGGAGGACCCUGGGCUAACGAUGUUUACAAAAUAGCAGGUGAGUUCAAGGACAUUGUGGUUGCUAGCUUUGGAAGUUUUAGAAGAGUUACUCAGUUCUUAUCAUCGAUCACAUAUGGCCAGUAUUUAGUGUCGUCUGUCAGGAAAAGUUCUCAAUACUUACGUCCAGUUUCAAUGAUGUUCAAAGGAUGGUUUUUAAAAAGGUCGCUACUUUAAAGGUCGCGAGUUGGACCUAAUGGUUUCCCAACUAUUGAAUUUUAAUAGUAUUCUUUUCAAAAUAUGUUUUUGAAUUUCUUUUUAUUUAGGCAUAUGCCGAAGACGGACAACAACACGUUAUUGCUGUGCGUUCCCGUUCGUCUACAAGGGUCGUCGUUAUAAUAGUUGUACCAGAAGAAGACACAGUCGGCCAUGGUGCGCACUGACACCCAACUACGAUAGAGACAAGAAAUGGGGCAACUGUGCUAGACGUAAGAAUUUUAACAAAUGUAGUAACUUCGUUCUGUAAAGGAUUUUAAAAUAAUUAUUUCUCUCUUAGGACGGAAGCCUGUUCGACCAAACCCACCAAUUGUCCGCCCUCCAAGAGGUUAGUUUUGAGCUGUUUGCGGCUACUUUGAGUAUAUACAAUGUUUUAUUUGUGUGUUUUUUCUUGGCAAUUAAAGUUAUGUUGUAUUUUUUAUCUUACAGCUCGUGUCAUAAAGGUGACAACAGGAUUGCUAGGUAAGUACUCUUGAGCUUGUUGGAAUUGUAAACUACUAACAGGGUUGUACUUCAAGUCGGAAUGCCAUGAAUGGGUUGAACUUAUAAUAGAUUACUAUAUAUGAUAGACACAAAACAUCCUUCAUGUCCCAUCACAUUAUAGAGCAUAUCUGACCACCCUGAAUUGUCCCUGCUCUGGGGCCUCUUGUACUCCUUUGCGAGAAUGGAGCAUAUCAAUUAUAACACGGCGUUGGGCGUGCAGGUAACGUAAUUUUUUUUUUCUUGCAGCAUAUAGCAUUGGUUGCUAUAAAGAUACAAGUAGACGAGCCAUAUCCCCUCUUGAGGGUAGAAGUCGCCUUCUGAAAGGAUAUUACCGCCGAAGAAGAGACGCGAUCAAAAAAUGUGCUCUAGCCGCAGAAAAGCGAGGCUACAAAGUGUUUGCGAUGCAACAUCAGGGGUGGUGUGCAUCAUCUAGGAGAGCUCAUUUGACGUAUCGUAGAUAUGGAAAAUCAAACAGAUGUAGAAAUGGAAAAGGAGGACCUUGGGCCAAUACUGUUUAUGUAUUGAGAGGUACUUUAAUAUGUUUUGUUUUACGAACAACAGUAAGAGAUAAAACACCUUACUGAAGUAAACUCCUCGACCACUACUUUUUUGAACGUCUUAGACAAAACGGCUUUGGGCCGUUUUUUUUUGCGCAUUUAAGCACCUGGAUUCUGGAAUGCAUGAGAUGUGCGGAAACCAUAUAUAAAAUGGGUUUGCGAACUUAGCAGACUUUGAGCAAAAGCGGAAUAUCUACUGAGCAACAGAUGGGUGUUCAUCAUGGCUAAUUGCGUCUGUUAUUAUAAAGCUUUUUUGUCAAGGUAAGUUUUAUACGCUGGUAUAUUAAGCUUUAUUGGCUUUUUCUGUUUUCAGGUUCUUGCCGCACUCGAACCUCUCGCCGUAACUGUUGUGCGUUUCCGUUCACCUACCGCGGCAAACGAUACAACAGCUGUACCAGAGUUCGAUCCAAGCGGCCAUGGUGUUCACUCACUUCAAGUUACGAUAAAGACAAACUGUAUGGUUACUGUGGCGGACGAAAAGGUGAGUGAGAGAGAUAAGUACAUGACUCAGUUAAGGCAAUUCAAUUCACAUGUCCUAAAAGUGAUUUUUUUUUCUUCCCUGCAGCGCCUAUCAUACGUGUGGUACCUUCAAUAACAGGUGAGUUCUAUCAACAAGCAAUUUUUAAAUAGGACAUUACAUUUUUAAAUUGGACUUCUUUACUUAUAGCUUUUAAGCUAUAAUAAGGAAGUCGAAAAUCCAUCAAUAAUUUCAAUGAAGAAUAACGAUUAUUUACUUGAAUUAUUAAAAACCGCUGUUGGUUGGAGAUUGUCCAAGUCGAGUCUUACGAGAUUAAUUCAUAAUUUCUGAUCUAUUAGGAUCCUAUGGCAUAAACUAUCAAGAAUCAAUGCUUUAUUUCAUUUAACUUUCUUCGCGUUUUUAAAUUUUAACUGCAUUUUGGUUGCUUUGUAGUCCAAAGAAUUGGCUGCUUUAAAGACACAUUUCGCAGAGCUAUUCCUCAACUGGAUGGGAAAAGUCGACUUCUAAGGGGAAACUACCAACGACGAACAUAUGCAAUUCAAAAAUGCGUUCUCGAAACUGUAAAACGAGGCUUUUCAGUGAUUGGUGUUCAGAAUGGAGGUUGGUGCGCAUCAGGACCGCGGGCUCACAGAACAUUUGGAAAGUAUGGGCGUUCAAACAGAUGUAGAAGUGGAAAGGGAGGACCUUGGGCUAAUGACGUCUACAGAAUUUCGGGUGAGAGGAAGACAUCCUAUUUUUGCAACUUUUGUUGAAAAAAUCUUCAUUAAAGUAAAUUCUUUAACGUGUCAUUUAAAAAGAAAAUAUUUUUAAAGUCCCUAUUUCUGUUCCCUGGACAUAAGUGGUUGUAAUUUAAAGCCUUGACCAGGACAUUUCAUCUUAUACAAUAUUUCAUGCACCAGGUAAGGAGAAGAGAAUUGAAAACAGCCCAACAUAAUGACAGCUCGUUCUAUUUGCUACUCUUGCUUGCUUAUUUAUACUCCUUACAACUUGAUUGCUGUUUAUGUAAGCUAGCGUUUUAAAGCCUCCAUUGAUUUACUUCUACCAUGAAAUCGUCUGUUUAAACUUCAUUCCUCCUAAUGGCUUAACCUUAACUGUGCAUGACACAAUAAACUCUAGUUUUUUAACGCGCACUCUUAAAUCUAAUGUAGGAACCUGCAGACAUCGCACCAUCUCAGGCGAAUGUUGUGUGCCAUUCAUCUAUCGCAGACGUAGAUACAAUGGUUGCGCGAGGCAUCGAAGCGGAAGGAAGUGGUGUUAUGUCACCCCUGAUUAUCGAAGGAACAGACUCUGGGGGUGGUGCAGGGGAGGAACGCGAUGUAAGGCCUUUCUUUCUUCCAUCGUAUUUUUGUUUUUUGUUUUUAUUUUUUGUUUUCUAAAGGUUUUAUUAUGAUAAAGUAUAGCACUGAGAUUAUUAUGAGCAAAGUAUUUGGUAUGUUUAUGUUAGGACUCUGGUUAUUUACUUGCAAGAAGAACUCUUUGUCGUAUUUCAUUUACACAACUUCCUUUAGCGAAGAAAACUCUUAAUUUAUAUGACAACCUUAUAAAGCAAUAUUUGAUGUACUUGCAAAAACUAAAAGAAGUGAUAAACAGUAAAGGAGAUUGACCUGUUUGAAUCUGAUUCCGUACAGAAAGUGUAAGGACAACUUCAUACUUCUGUUGAAAGCUUUCCUUAGCCUGAUAGGCAUUGUCAUUUGACUGUAUCUUAACGUACUUUUACAGCUCCACCAAUCAAGGUUACCACUGGAGUUAGAAGUAAGUACACGUCUAGUCUGCUGUCCUUGACCUGUUGAGUCUAAAAAAGCUUUAAUUGAGGGAAGAUUUUUUAAGUACAUAAGUUUAAGUCAAGGGCUCUUUAUUGAUACUUAUGAGUUUUCCUAAACAAGUAAGUUUAAAUUUGAUUUUCUUUUACAGUCAAGCGGAUUGGAUGCUUCAAAGACACAUCUCGCAGGGCCAUUCCAGGUGUAGACGGCCGUGGUCCUCUACUUACAGGUUACUACCGAAGACGACGCGAAGCCAUCAAGAAGUGUGCGUUGUAUGCUGUAAUGUACGGCUUUAGGGCCUUUGCUGUACAGCAUCAAGGAUGGUGUGCUACUGGUCCUAAGGCUCACGUAACCUACCGGAAGUACGGAAAGUCUAAUCGAUGUCGAAACGGCAAAGGUGGGCCAUGGGCUAAUGAUGUCUACAUGAUUUCUGGUAAGUAAGUCGUUUAUUAUUUUCAGGAACAUUCAAUUUUUUAUUGUUAUUUUCGUCAGGUAGAAAUGUAGAAUAAAGAGGGGACGGAGCUGAUAAUUUCGACUUAAAGGUGAGUGGGACAAACAAGUAUCUGUACUCUCUGGGCUCGGCUAAAUGUCGAGAACACCCGCCAAAAUAAAAUAAUCCUGAGGUGAGUUAUAAAAUUUCCUCAAUAACGGCAAGAUGUAAUUUGCGCCGUUCACCACAGCCUUGUUGGCUGAUUAUGGACCACAAGACAGACCUGUAUAUUGUGGAUCUGAUUCAUCCCUUUUUACAGGCACUUGCCGAAAGCGGACGGCAAAACGAUAUUGUUGUUCAUUCCCGUUCAUCUACAAGGGUCGACGGUACAACAAAUGUACGAGAAGGAGACAUAACCGACCAUGGUGUGCUUUAACGUCGAAUUACGAUCGAGACAGGAAAUGGGACAAUUGCGCAGGUACUAGAACUUUCUAUUAAAAUCAUUUUUGUCCAUAUAUUCUAUGAAAGAUAAGGCCGUAAACAACUACUUCUGACACAUUACACGCUACUGACGAUUUAAAAGCAAUCUGACCCUGGUGACAGGAUAAAUUUAAGGUUUAAAGAAUGCAUGGCUGUCUGAAGAACUCCUGCCAAACAAACAAAAACUUUUUAUUUUUAGAUUUUACUUUUAGUUUGCUUGUUAAUGAGAGAAAAUACUAACAUUUAUUAUGUCCCGUUGCAGGCCGUCGACCUGUCAAGCCUGUUAAACCAGUGGUGCAUCCGAAAGGUUAGGCUUUUUAAAAUAACGAUUAAAAAUUUUGGCCGGGCAGUUGCAGAUAUUUGACUAAUUGACUCUAAACUCGAAAAUAAGCAACAGUUCUACCCGCAAAAAUAUGAAGCACCAUAUUUACGUCUUUGAAAAUAAAGCGUUUCUCUACAUAAAAAUUUGCUCACAUGUAGCCUUAGAUGUGGUCUCAAGGUGAUGGUGUUAAUUUUUUUUUCUCUUCUAUUUCCCCCCUUCAUUUCCACGAUCUGACUUAUUGACCUCCAGAUGUAAAAAAAAUUAUUUAACAAGAUGUUUAUCGUAUUAUUUCAUUAAGUGGCAAUCAUUUGGGAAGAGUUUAAACAGCGGCAUGUUGAAUUAUAAUGUAAUUAUUUUGAAUUGUGUUAUAAAGCAAAUUAUAAAAUAACUAAGAUAGUACGCGCGUUCAGAUUGGUUAAAAACCUAUGGCUUAUUGUGCCGGUAAACUCGGGAAACUUCAAGUUAUUUUAUAAAAGCAAUAGACCACACUUUCUUUGGCUUUACCGGCUUCAUGCAUAACCCACUAGAAAUCGGCUCGUGAUUUACAAGCUUUUCUCGUGUUCUCCCAACAUCCCAAGUGGGUUAUCACGGCGUAAACCCAUGGAAAGUGUGGUCUAUUGCUUAAUGAAACAGCUCGGGUAAACAAUAACAGAAUAUACUUUCCCAUAACAUAUCGCCGCCUAGAGAUAUCAUCAUAUUUCAAGUAAAUGCACACGAUUUUCCUCUACAUAUCGCGCUCCGAUGUUUAUUGAUAUUGCCAGAAAGAACCUUUGAUAUACACAAUGCGGAAAGGCGAAACAAAGCAAGUUGGAUUCAGUCUAAAACUUUUCCCACAGUACUUAGCUAUUACGCUGAACAAAAUUCAGCCCCCUGAGAAUAUCACAGAACAAUUAAAGGAUAACGUUGAACUUACCCCUGAUAAAGAAAUUAUUGUCCCUUAGACAAUAAAAACUUUAUGCUAUCAUAGGUAUUUUUUGUUCGGGGUGAAUCAUAUUGAACAUUCCAGGAACUCUCUAGGCGAUCUAACUAGUUCCCCUGGUUUUGGAAGGACUCGAAAUAACCGAUCUUUACUUUUCUUUACUCAUUCCCCCCCCCCCCCCCCCCCCCCCCCCCUUCCCCCUUCAUUUACCUUUCCUUUGUUUAUGCGGUGUUUUUUCCCCCCCCUCUCUAGUUAGGGAUGUGUGUGUUUUUUUUUUUUUUGUUAUUUAUUAGUAACGGUAUUUAUAGAAACAAUUGUUUGGUCACACAAACAACAUAUAAAAAACUUUUUGUUCCAUAUGUAUUUUUUGUUCGUGGGGAAUUAUAUUUGACAUUGCCGGAAACCCUCUGUGGUUGUACUCAGUUUCCCCGUUUUUUGCAAGGCCCCCAACACCCCCCUCUUUUUUUUUUUUUCCCCUUCCCCCCCCCCCCCCCCUCCAACCUGGUCUUAGCCAUAUAUAUACCUUUGAUUAGUAUGUGCGGAUUUUUGCCCUCACCUUAGAUAGGUAGGGAUUCGUGUCAUUGGUCUGUAAUUGAUAUUGAAUCGAAACGAUUUUUAAAGCAGCUAUGUGGCCAGCCAUACAGCCAAAGUUUAUCUAAAGCGAAGUUUGAGUUUCUUGAUUUAUUUGCUGAACACCAUUCCCAACAAAGAGAGCAAGCCCCAAACAAAAGUGUUUCUUGUUAGGGUAUAUUUUUUGAAGAGGGGUAGGACAAAAAGGGCUAUUCAACUUAAAAUCGUUAUCCUUUAAUUCGGGUCUCUUUGUUCCUUUCAGGACGAACUGUAAGAAUCACAAUUGGAGUAGUAGGUAAGUCUAAGAUGGCUCGGCCCAUCUUGCCUUCUCAGGAUUGACUGCUUUCUUUCCGCGAAAAAACAGUUUCUUUGGCCACUUAAUAAUCCAUUAUCGAUCAACUUUUUUAGGUCAAGAUAGUUGCAUUUCGGUCUCGUCCUUUCUUUGCAUUCACGCUUCAUCAAUAGCACAUGUAUUCAGCCAACUUGUGUCCUUAUAAGGAGUAAUGCAGAGACUUUUUUGCAUUUUUUGUAUUUAUUAAUCUAACCCCUUGUAAAGUCAUCAUAGCACUGUAAACACCUUGGGAGACUUGCUUACGGUUUAGGUUCCCUAAUCUAACUUUAAAGAAAUAGCGUUAACAUUCUGUAAGCCACAAAAUCCCCCUUAAAUUCACUUUCUAUCUUAUAGCUCUCUAUAGUCAAAACUGAUCGACUUUCAUUCUAAAUUUUGCUCUUUCUUUUGCUUUAAAUUUAGUAAAUUUUAAUUGUUUAGUUUUAAUCAGAGCUUAAAAAUCUAGGCUUGAGCUCUAAAUCCCUUACUUGUAAUGCUUUUCUUUCUUAAAUAGCGAAGGGCAUUGGGUGCUAUAGAGACACCAGUCGGCGGGCCAUCUCAACUUUGGAGGGUAAAAGUCGCCUUCUUAUAGGAAAUUACCGCAGGAGACUAUACGCUAUUCAAAAGUGUGCUUCUGCUGCUUUAAAACGAGGGUUUAGAAUCUUCGCGCUACAGCAUGGAGGGUGGUGUGCUUCAUCAAAGAGAGCGCAUCUGACUUAUGGUAGAUACGGAAGAUCCAACAGGUGCAGGAAUGGUAAAGGAGGACCUUGGGCGAACAAUGUGUAUGUCCUCAGAGGUAAAUAUUACGCACGUUAAAAACUUUUUUUUUCUGCAAAGUAAUAUUUUGAGAAGGAAGUAUUUCCGUUACAGAUAUUUCACUAACAUAGCUUUUCUCUGUUCUCUACAAUGCGUUAAUCUUGGCUGCGUUGUCUUUUCUCCAACCAUUUCUUAGAAAGUAACAAGUCGAAUCUUCGGUGUCCAUCUAGCUUUUAUAUUUGAGUUAGGGCAUCGACAGUAUUGGCGGUAUUUAGAUAUUGACCAUUAGAGAUCAAAAAUAACAUUUUAAUCAGAUAAAUCAACCCUUCAUGAACUUAUUUGGGCCCACGUUUGUCUUGUUUUAGGUUCAUGUCGAGCACGUUCCUCAACUGGUAACUGCUGCAUGUUCCCCUUUGUUUACCGAGGACGAAGAUACAACCGCUGUAUCAGAGUUAAGUCCAAACGACCGUGGUGCUCUCUUACACCAAGUUACGAUAGAGAUAAGAUAUAUGGAUACUGCGGAGGACAAAAACGUGAGAUUUAG